AUGGCUCUAUUGGCCCUGCUAUUUUCGCCGUUCGCCAUGGCAUUGGCAAUCCCGAUAAGCCUCACCCUUUACUACAUACUUCCCUACUUUACGACAUAUCGGCGUAUAAACAAAGUUCCAGGGCCCUUCAGUGCCAAAUUCAGUAAUAUAUGGAUUGGAUUAAGUGCCCGAAGUGGCCAAAAAUAUGCAGCAGUAGACUGGGCGCAUCGCCAAUACGGCAAAGUCGUUCGUAUCGGCUUCAAUCAUGUCUCGAUUGCAGACGAGACGGCGUUGAAUAUAGUAUACGGGCACGGGAAUGGAUUUUUGAAAGACCAUUACUAUGAAGCAUUUGUGGCCCGGACCCCUGGCAUGUUCAACGUUCGCGAUCGUGGAGAACAUACAAGGAAGCGAAAAAUUAUCUCGCAUGCCUUCUCCCCAAAAUCAGUUGCUGCGUUUGAACAACACAUGGCGGCAAACUUGCAGCGAUGGGUUAAUCAGCUCGACCAGAUCGCCUUCUCUGGAGUUGGAGAAGGCAAAAACAUUGAUGGCUAUUCAAGAUAUAACGCAAUGCCUUGGUUCAGCUAUCUUGCUUUCGAUAUUAUUGGUGAUCUGGCAUUUGGGUCUCCAUUUGGAAUGGUGGAAAAGGGCAAAGACGAAACUGAGGUACAACUCAUACCCGAUGGUCCUAUUUCCUACUGCCCGGCAGUCGAAGUUUUGAACAGAAGAGGGGAAGUCUCUUCGACCCUUGGCCUUCUUCCCACGUUACGCCCAAUCGCAAAGUAUCUACCUGAUCCCUUCUUCACGAAGGGAGUUGCGGCGGUGGAAAAUCUAACUGGAAUCGCGGUCGCCGCGGUCGGUUCGCGACUAGAUGCGGCGGAAAAGGGAGUGAUUGAUACUCGCAAUGACAUUUUGUCACGUCUAUUGCAAGCUAAAGACGCGAAUUGUCAGCCGAUGGGACGAACAGAACUCAUUGCAGAAGCACUCACUCAGCUUAUCGCCGGCUCCGAUACUAUAUCGAAUACCGCCUGCGCUGUCUUCUACUGGAUACUACACGGGGAACGAUGUGCCCCAGGAACAAUCGUUUCUCGUCUCCAAAGGGAACUAGAUGACGCCGCUAGUUCGAACUCGGGAAUCAUGUCUUACAGUCAAGUGAGAGAGCUUCCGUUCUUGCGUCGUUGCAUUGACGAGGGUAUGCGACUACACUCAACUUCAGCUAUCGGUCUUCCACGUAUUGUCGCUGACAAUGGGGGUGGCGUCCGGUUUGGUGAAUUUUACUUUCCACCUGGUACUGUCCUAUCAGUUCCUUCCUAUACAGUUCACCAUAUGCAGGAAAUAUGGGGUGAUGAUGUUGAAGAAUUCAAACCCGAUCGCUGGCUCAACUUGACUGCACGGCAAAAGAUGGGCUUCAAUCCAUUUUCUUAUGGGCCCAGAGCCUGUGUUGGGCAGAAUGUGGCCAUUAUGGAGUUGCAGUUGAUUAUUGGAACUCUCUUCCAUCGUUACGAUUUCGUACUAUACCAGCAGUUCAUGGAAUCGCAUGAAGGAUUUUCAAAGAAGCCGAAGGAUUGCUAUGCUGGUAUAAGACUCAGAUCACGCGACUGA